AGGCAUCAGGUCAGUAGAGGCUUCAGGCCGAAGAGAGGCAUCAGGCUGCGUACAGGCAUCAGGCUGAGUAGAGGCAUCAGGCUGAGUACAGGCAUCAGGCUGAGUACAGGCAUCAGGCUGAGUAGAGGCUUCAGGCUGAAGAGAGGCAUCAGGCUGCGUACAGGCAUCAGGCCGAGUAGAGGGAUCAGGCUGCGUACAGGCAUCAGGCUGAGUACAGGCAUCAGGCUGAGUACAGGCAUCAGGCUGAGUAGAGGCUUCAGGCUG